GGCAACAACAAGAGAGACGUGGAGGCCAAGGGGCGGGAUAUCGCCGGCAAAAACUUCAUGUGGAACACGGUGUCAGUGCAGUACAAUGCAAUGAUUGAGGAGGAGUGGGACGAACACUUCAAGGUGACCUGCGAGUACGGCUACGACAUUUGGAAGACGGUCACCUUCCCCUUCCUGGACGUUGAGACCCAGACAGGUAACCCGGUGGUGUUUACUCUGAGCCCACCCGAGUGCUACAUGGAGAUCCGCUACGGCUACGGCACCACCGGUAACCGGAUCACGGGGCCGGUCCGCGUGGGUGAUCCGCUCACGCUGAUCAUCUACAUGCGCAGCCAGUACGAUGGAUUUGACAUCGUGGUCAGCGACUGCUACGCCCAUAACGGAGCCGACAAGAAAAUAUCGCUGGUGGACCACUACGGAUGUCCGGUGGAUGAAAAGCUCAUCAGCCCGUUUCAAGGAACCUUCUCCGAAGACGGCGUGUUUGAGACGCAGGUGUACGCUUACAUGAAGACAUUCCGAUUCACUGGAAGUCCUGCCCUCUACAUCGAAUGUGACGUUCGCAUGUGCCACGGUGCAUGUCCGACGCAGCCGUGCCACUGGCGCCGGGGGAAGCGGUCGGUACCACAGCUGGACACGGCAGAGAACCGGACGGCCGGCGAGCCCCAGCGCACACAGAGUCUGGCGCUCUUCCAGGCGCUGCAAGUUCUAAAGGACGACGAGGAACUGGAGCGGACCAGGAGCGACUCGAGUGGUCAGCGGCUGGACGUCGACAGCGUGUGCCUCAAGCCGGCCGUGCUGCUGGCCGCCGGCGGCAUCGGCGGCUUCCUGCUGCUCGCUUCGGCCGUGGCCUGCUGCGUCUUCUGCCGGCGCCUGCGCAGACAGCGCAAGGAGGAGGACCAGCAGGUGGUGGAGACGUUCCGGCCGCCGCGCAUGGUACGUCCGUCUCGCCUGCCGUAGGGGUGGCCGCGAGACACGUCGCAGGGAGCAGACGUCAGACGCGGGCUGGGAGCUGCAGAGUCGUGCCCGGAGCUGGAGAAUACAGCUCCUGGAGCGCUGUGCGCGGGCGUCCCGACUCUGCAGCUCAGCCCCGGGUCGCUG